UAGGUUGAAAAUCCAUGACGUGAUGCGCAGCCGCCGCGUCCGAUUUCAAACUGUCAACCUACAAGGAAGCGGGUAAAGAGUAAACAAGCAGGGGUUUGAACAGAUCUCCUAUAUUUUAACCAGCGUGUCGGCUACAAUAUAAGGUCUAGCCAAAUGUUUUGACGGCAGAAUGGAGAGUUAUGAAGACUUCAUACGGACCCAGCUGUCGCGACUGGAUGGGAAGGGUAGCGAACAGAAACGGGAGUCGGCGUGCCACGGGUCGUCUGUCAUUCGUUUCCACGGCUUACCCAUCCUGCCCCCUCUGUUGACCGCGGUCCGUCGAGCGGAGAUGCUGACGUACAGAACCGACGCGCUGGAGUUGGUUGAUCGCAGGAAUAAGUCGGCGUUGGGCCGGAGGAUGUUGCACCUUAGCGAGCUUCUUGACAGCGUUCAGCUGAGGAAAGCUCCCACGCUCCGGGAGUUUAUGGGAGGCCAGUCCCUGGCAGGAGGGACAGAAGGCGGGGCCAGCGAGGAGGCGGAGCCUGAGGAGGCGGAGUCUCUGCUCUCCUGCCCUCCCCACGUUUCUGACGAGGAGCCAUGUCCCCAGCGGGGGUGUGAGCCGCCCCGCCCGCUCAGCUCCACCGCCCGUGGUUCUCUCGCCUCCGGGGGACUCCGCCUGGCCGCGGAGAUGUGUGGCGACGUCAGCCACCAGUCGGCGUCGUCAGGGUACGCCACUCAUGACAACACAGAGGUCUCGGCGGGUCACACGGAGGUCACGGAGGGUAACGCAGAGGUCACGGAGGGUCACACAGAGGUCACGGAGAGUCACGCAGAGGUCACGGAGUGUCACGCAGAGGUCACGGAGAGUCACACUGAGGUUGCAGCGGGUGACAUGGCGGGUCGUCUGUUGGACGUGGGAGCGGGAGAAGGAGAAGGAGAGAGAGAGGGAGGAAGAAAAGGAGGGGGAGAGGAUGAAGGUGCGGGCCGAACUGAAACUGCACCUGAGAGCUUCUUCUUACACUGCACUGGGGAGGCGGAGCCGGAGCUGGCCGCCGGGCCGCCCCGCGUGAGCCUGCAGAGCCUGCUGAAGCGGUCUCAGGAGUACCGGCAGCGCCAGCGGCUGCUCCGCGGGGCCCGGACGCACUGCCGCUCCGACAAGGAGAACCAGCCGGGCCGCACCCCGCUCCGCAGAGCCCGGGGGGACAGGAGGCCCUGUCCCGUAGGAACUGCCCGCCCCGCCAGAGCCGCCGCGGCCCGGCCCAACGGCCUGGAGCCGGGCGGCGUGGCACUGGGGUCAGGGGAAAGGGGGACGUCCCGGGAGGAAGGAGGGGACACCGGCGUGUCCCGCUGCGAGCUGCCGGCUGCAGACGGGCUACAGGGGCGGGGCGGUCCGGCCGAGCCCCCGCGGGCCGAGAGCCCUCCCCCUGCCCCGGAAGCCCCGCCCCCUGCCCCAGAAGCCCCGCCCCCUGACCUAGAAGCCUCACCCCCUGCCCCGGAAGCCCCGCCCCCCGGCCCGCCCGGGCUGCAGCCGCACAGGUUCGGCACCGUCCCCAGCCCCCAGUUCUGCACCAGCCCGGUUCACUGCAAACGAACGGGCCGCCCCGCGCGGAAGCUCCCGGUGAACACGGCGGUCACCGCCAGCGGUGGCCACAGGGGGCGCCAGAGCGCCGAUGCCGAGGGGAGGCCUGCUGGAGGGGGGGCGGAGCUGGCUCAGCUGGAGAUGAACCUCAGCAGCCUGAAGGCGCUCAUUUCGGAUCUGCAGGCCACGCUCACGGGCACGCCCGAGGAGGAGACACGCCCUGCGGACUCUGCCUCCCAGAAUGCCGAGCGGUCUGAGAGGACGCAGCCCCGCCCCGUCCCCUCCCUCGCCCAGAGGCGGCGUGUCCCGCACGCUUUCCGGAACGUUCCGGGGGCGGGUCUUCGGCAGGGCCCGGUCCUGUCCGACGCCAGCAAUCAGGCCCCCGCCCGCGGCGGCUCGGGGAACCGGUCCUACGACGUGGAGACGCCGUCCGCGCUCUGGCCGCCGGGGGGGGGCAGGGGUCCGGGCUCGGCCCCCGGGGGGAAGCCGCUCACCCCCGAGGCGGGGGGGCUUGGACAGGACUCCCGCGCCAAACGCAGGCUGCUCAUGAACACUGGGACCCGGGGGGAGCCCAGGCCUCUAUCCAGCACCCCGAAAGGCUGGAUCUCUGUGCUGGGGAAUCAGCAGCUGCAGCUGCAGCAGACGCAUGCCGCACAGCUGCAGGCCCUGGUGGAGAAUCAGCAGCUGCAGCUGCAGGAGCUGCUGCAGCGACUCUCUCUGCAGGGCGUGUCAGUGCUUGUCCCCUCCCCCGGCUCAGGUGUGAAGGGUGUGGUUACCUGCUUUCCCCUGGAGCCCCGCCCACUGGAGCAGCGUUCUGAGCCCCGCCCUCUUUUACAGCCUCCCUGCAGCAGCGGCACCCUCCCCUCAGUCUGGCGCCCCCUGGUGGCAGCGGCAGUUAGGGGCUACCUGACACGGCGGCUGCUUCGCACCGAGCGACUGGCGCAGCUGCGACGCACUGUCAAGGACUCCCAGCAGUUCCUUUGGGCCCUACAAGCUCAGACUCCAGGCAGGGGGGACCUGGGGGGCCGACAGGACCUGCUACUGCAGGAGAGAGUCUUACUGCAGCUCCGCUCAGCUCGGUAUGAAAUCCACGACAUCUUCUUCUGUUUCUCCCCUACUGAGCGCGUGCAGCUCAUCUCCUGGGACCGGCAGCUGCUCAGGGAGAGAGAGCUGAAGGGCAAGGAGAGCGGAAGGACGCAGAGCCGAGGGCGGGCUUCUCUCUCCGCGGCCACCAUGAAGGCCCUGGAGAGGAAGAGGAGCGCGGGGUGCCAGAAGAGGGCAGCAGAGCGGCAGAGGGGCUCUGUGGGCGGAGUCUGUGGGACGCAGGGCCGUCGGCACCCACACAGUGAGCGCAGAUCCACCCUAUCCGGCGGGAAUCCAAAAACUCUACCCAAUCGCACCCGUCCAGCCUGACCCUUGAUCCCUGGCUGCAACACCUCCAGCCAAUCGCUGCAAAAGACACUGCACAGUCAGGCCAUACCUUUGGACGCUCAACAGAGCUAUACAACACUAUGGGUCUAUGACCCCUUGACCCUUGAACUCUAUACUUCCAGCCAAUCGCUGCAGACCCUGAAUGGUCGGGCCAAGCCUCUUGAAGCAACGCUGUGAUUACACAUGUGGAUAUAGCAGUCCUAGGUCCAUGAUCUAGUGCAUAUUUUAAAUUAUUUUAACUCUUUAGAUGCUAGUAACAUUUCACAGCACUCCUGAAGAUUCAAGAUUUGUUUUCAACAAACAUUUUUGAAAUAAGUGCCUGAAAUAUUCAUUUGACCCAGGCCUGCAAUGCGUGUACCCCCUACUGUCUCUAGAGCAUUGGUAAGCAUCCACAAUGUCCAUAACACUGGAACCCUGUGAAUAGGCCCAGGAAGAGUCCACGUCCAUGACUACAUUUCCCACAAGGCCAUGGUGCUCUCACUGCCCUUCCUGUAGCCAUUUGUGAUAAGACGCUUGGAUGUCGAAAAUGGAGAGGAGCUCCACCAAUCAGAGUAUGUUGGUAACAACCAACAGAACAAAGGCACUGGUGAUUGGUGGAUACUGUCUAGUAAGUCUUACAGGGAACCCCAAGAAGUCCGGCUGGGAAGCAUCCACCAAUCACCACUGGCGUUGCUUUGUUGGUUGUUAUCAACAUGCUUUGUGAUUGGUGGAGCUCCUCUCUGUUAUCCAUUUUAUUAUCCCUGUCUGUGCACUGUGUUCAUUCAGUAUUCUGGUCCAAAGAUCUGCCUGACAAUCAGCCUGUUUCCCAUCAUGCCCUGCUUUACAAGGGCUUGAGCCCGUUUUUAUAUUUUGUACAGGAUCAGUUUGUUUUUCUUUAAGCUGAAUAUAUAUGUAUAUAUUUACUAUUUUAUAUAUAAAUUUUCUGUAGUUUGAUAAAUAUCUGCAAAGUGUAUUUUUCCAAGUGAAUUUAUCACCAUGUUCCUCCUUCCAAUGUUGUUUCCAAACAGUUUUUAAAAAUUAUUUGUGUAUUUAUUUGUAAGCAAUUUCAUAAUAAAUGUCUUUUUAUCA